AUGUAUUAUUUUCGGUUUGUCUUCGUUCUGUUGCUGUUUGAGCCUCAAACUAUCUUCUCACAUGCGAUCGCUAAGCCAGAGGAUUUUGCCAAAUAUUUCGUUGGAAGUGAUGAAAAUGGUUCCGCUGCACCCAAAGAGGAUGAAAACCAAAUCCCUGCACUGAAAAAGAGUAAUCACUUAUCUCAAAAUCUCAUCUACACAAACAACCCCCAAAGAGACGUGAAUCCUCCAAAAGAAACAAUAUACGAAAAUACAGAACCUAAAGAUAAUAGUUUCAAAGAAAAAGCACUGGAUAUGUUUAACGAAAUACCAAGCGUUAAUGGACAAGGUGGAACUUACGGAAUGGAUUUAACAGGAGAUCAUGGAACAGUUUGGAACGACUUAAAUCAAACACCGGUUGGUAUCGAAUCGAAUCAAGAACCAAAUUCUAUUCCAAUCGAAUCCAAUGAAAACAAAAUUGAUAAAAACAAUCAAGGCAAUAAUUGGAGUGGUAGCAACGAAGUUUCCCAACCCGCGUCAAACGAAAAAAUCAUUAUUACGCCUGUUACUGAUGAGGGAGUGGCAAUACCACCAGCCCCGAAGAUUGUGGAACCAAGACUUGAUGAGGAAGAAAAUGUACCUUCUAAUAGUGAUGAUAACAACGUGAUAGUACAACAACCGGUUAUAAUAGAACCUACAGUUCUCGACAAUGCUAUAAAAAAUAGUAAUGAAGAUGUCAGUAACAAUGUAGGCGUACCAAGCGGAAACACGUAUAAACUUCCGGUAAGCGAAACGAAUAACGGUGACUCAAAUCAUAUUAUAUACGAGUAUCCAAAGGAAGGUGACGAGAGCAGUAAUAGACCAAUACCCGAAAUAACGAAAGAGGUGACGCAACGUCCCGUAGUGGUUGUCGUUGAUAAAAUACCAGAAAUUAAAAACUCAGAUGAAAAUAAUUCAGUCGAAGGUAUACCUUCUCAUCAAGAUAACGAUUACCCAAAACAAGUCAUUAUAGAAUCGAAACCUGAACCCAAUCACUUUAUCAUAGAAAAUCCGAAUACACCAGAAUAUAAUAGCAAUGAAAACGCUAUAAAUACUAAACCCAGCAGUAAGGAACUGAAAGACUCCUUUAACAAUCUCCUUAAACAAAUAAAACCACUGAAACCUUUUAAACCACAGGCGGUUAUUAAGCCAAAAUCGGAAAAUGAAGACCGCGUUGCUAAUUAUGUUAAACCAAUACCAGGUUCAAAUGAAAAUGUUAUUAUAGUGCCGGUUCAACCAGAGCGUCAUCAGAAUAAUAACAAAUAUGUAUAUAGACCAAGAGAGGAAAUCCAUCCCAAUGUUUACAACAGGCCUGCUAGAAAUCCAACUUAUGACAACAAGCCCACAUACAUUGUUGUACCACAUUAUACACGAGAAAAAAAGUCAAAGCCAGUACAGAAGUAUAGGGAAAGAAAUAACAAACCAAACAUGUGGAAAGACUUAAACCCGCCACAAAAUACAUUUGUUAAUGUUGGUGAGGACAACAAUUCUAAAAAUAAGAAUAAACCAACAAACGAAGGUCAUUACGUGAUACCAAAACCUACCAAGCCACACACCACACAACACGAUUAUGACAAUUCUGCUAAUGAAGUUGAAACAUCACCGUCAGCCGAAACAUCUCAAUCAAAUGAAGAACCAUCAGCAUCAAAUGAAGAACCAACUUCAUCAAAUGAAAAACCAACUUCAUCGAAUAGAAGACCUUCUUCAUCAAAUGAGAGACCAUAUCAAUCAAAUGAAGAGUAUAAAAAACCUUCCAGAGAAGAAUCAAAAGAGAAUAGGGAAAAUUCCAAACCAGAAAAACCACAAUCAACUGAACAUGAGCACAGACAUCCUAAGCCUUCUGAAAAACCUAAACAAAACAACAACGAACCUAUAAAGAAAGAAAACCCGGAAAGUCAAGAUAAGCACCACCCACAGAAUAAACCGAAGGAGAAUAAACCAAAAGACUUCACUAAAGAGGACCUCGAUAAUCUUUUGAACAAGCGCUUGAAAGAUAUGGUCAAACAAGAAGUUGCUAAUCAAUUGAAGAAUGCGUCCGCGCGGCACCAAAAUCCUGCAUCUGAUGAUAACCAGUCAAACACCUCCAACCGACAUCCCAAAGAUGAAAACAACAAUACAGAAAGACCUUCAAGAAAUUCCGCAGCAAAUAAUGACGCAAAUAAAAACAACGAAAAACCUUCAACCAAUUCCGCAAAUAAAAACAACGGAAAACCUUCAAGCAAUUCAACACCGAAAAAGAACACCGACAGAAAAGACGACAAUGGUCCAACAGCUGAAAAGGCAAACAAACCGAAAGCAAUUAACAAUAAUGUAAACAAAAAUUCAAAUCCUAAACACAAUAAACCUACCAGUAACUCAAAACCCAAAAACGCUAGUAAAAAAUCUGCAAAAGCUCAUUCAAAAAAUAACCAAGAAAAUGAAAAGCCUUCAUCAGAUUCAAAUGCUCCAUCAUACAAUAAUAACACGUCAGUUGAUGUAAAUGCUGAUACAGUUUACGGAAACACAGUGGCCCAUGAUCACAUAACCAAUGUAUUUGUUUUCUUCAAUGGCAAUGGCACCAAAGGAAACCAAGGUUCAGGCGAUAACAAACCCUCAAAAGAAAAUUCAAACACUGAUAGAAAUAAAAAGGCAGAUAAUUCAAAAGAAAAGCAACCUACUGAUACAUCUAGUGAAAAAUCAGAUAAACAAGACAGUGAUUCUACUGAAAAAGUGAAUAAACCAAAAUCGUUACCUGCUGAAGAAAAGAAAAAUCAUAAAAGGGACAGUUCAUCUGAUGAAAAUUCUGAUGAGGGUAGUAAAAAGCCAAAUAAAGAAUCCAAAUCUCCACAGAAAGGUAAAUCGACUACAGACAAUAAUUCAUCAGACGAAAAUUCUGCAGAAGCUAAUGAACAACCAACUCAAAACUCGAAACCUGACAGUAAAUCAAACCCGGCCGAUAAAAGUGAGCCGAUCGAAAAGAAAAAAGAUGAAGUAGAUGCAUCAAAAGAAUCUUCUAGUGAAGCUAAUAAGGAAACAAUUAAGAAACCAAAACCUGAAAAAAAGGCCGAUAUCAAAGAAAAACCAAGAUCCGAAAAGAAGAAAGAUAAAGUGAACCAAGUAAGCAGACAAAUGCCAAAUCUGAAGCUGACAAGAAAAAACCUGUAG